UGUUUUUUUUUUUUUAAAUAAAAAACAAAAAAGUGUCCGAGACCAGUUCAACGAUGGUCAUUUUGAUUCAAAAUAUUUUAUAAAUUGCGGCAAGGAAGUGUUGUUAGGUGCAAACCUGCAGUGUAUCCACCAAGGAGGGUCUUGAAAAUGGGCAGCCCCUAUCUGUAUAUAUCAUAGACCACCAUUGUCAAAUUUGUACGAUCCUGUAAUCACCAUUAUCAGAGAAAAGCAAACCGUACUCAUGGACAGCUUUAAUAGAAGAGAAAGCUGAGUAGAAACAUUAUUAAGAUCGGGACCAGCACUCUUUAAUAAUCAAGAGUGUUAGAUUGAUGAUGCCAAAUGACGUGGAGAAUGGGCUGCUAGAGCGCAGUCUUCCCACCAUUGCUUCUCUCAAUGCCUCCUACACAACAUCGCUAUCCCUGCCCCCACAGUACUUUGUACCAGGGGAGCGGAAGACUAUAUCAGAUGUGCGACGAACAUUCUGCCUGUUUGUUACUUUUGACUUGCUCUUUAUCUCGCUCCUAUGGAUCAUUGAGCUUAAUAUUAAGGGUAGCAUCGGGGAAAGUCUCACAAAAGAAGUAGUGAAAUAUGACUUCAAGACAUCUUUUUUUGACAUAUUUUUACUUGCUUUUUUGCGGUUCCUAUGCCUACAGGUGGCAUAUGCCAUGCUUCGGUUGCGUCACUGGUGGGUCAUUGCGAUCACCACACUAUUAACCAGUGCUUUCCUCAUUGUGAAGGUCAUCCAGUCCAAUCUGCUGUCUGAAAAUGCAUUUGGGUAUGUGCUACCCAUAACUUCCUUUGUCAUUGCCUGGUUGGAGACGUGGUUUCUAGACUUCAAAGUACUAACACAGGAAGCAGAAGAUGAAAGAGUCUAUCUAGCAGCAGUAAAGGCAGCAACGGAGCAUACACCCUUUCUUCGGCCAAGUGCCCUCUCUGAAGGGCAAUUCUAUUCACCUCCAGAGUCCUUUGCAGGAUCAGAUGAAGAGGACCUGGAAGAGGAAGCUAAUGGCCGCAGAGCUAUAACCUUACAGGAGAAGGAAUAUGUGCGACUGGGCAAAGAGGCGAUGGCUGUGGUUGACCAGAUUCUGGCACAGGAAAUCAAUUGGAAGUUUGAGAAAAACAAUGAGCUUGGAGAUGCUGUGUACACCUUGGAGAUCCCUUGCCAUGGGAAGACCUUUAUCCUUAAGGCUUUUAUGCAGUGUCCAGCUGAGCUGAUUUACCAAGAGGUCAUUCUCCAGCCUGAGAAAAUGGUUCAGUGGAAUCGUACUAUUUCUGCUUGCCAGAUUCUACAGAGGGUGGAUGAUAAUACCCUCAUCUCUUACGAUGUAUCUGCUGGAGCAGCAGGGGGUGUCGUGUCACCAAGGGACUUUGUAAAUGUACGCCGAAUCGAGCGGAAGCGAGACAGAUAUGUUUCUGCUGGAAUCUCCACCAAUCAUGACAUGAAGCCUCCACAGAGUCGCUACAUCAGGGGUGAGAAUGGCCCAGGUGGUUUUGUGGUUUUAAAAUCCAGUAGCAAUCUUUCAGUGUGCACUUUCAUAUGGAUUCUCAAUACUGACCUUAAGGGCCGUCUACCACGUUACCUCAUUCACCAAAGUUUAGCGGCCACCAUGUUUGAGUUUUUAUCACACCUACGAAAGAGAGUGAGCGAGGUGUGAACACAUCUGUUGGUUUGUCCUCCUCUUGCUCUGGAGUAGGAAAUUAAUUACUUCCACUUUUAGCUCUGCCUACUGUAAAGAUCAGGGAUUUUUCAUAGGCACUGGUUAAAGAAUACAGCCCACUGUGGCUAGUUGAGUGAAUGUUUUGGGGAUGGCUGCAUCAGCAUUAGACCCAUGAUGGACCUGUCUAGCACCAAUCUCAAAUUGCUUUCUUGGUCUCAAUGUGUCUGCUUGCAAAGACAAAAAUUAACACAAACACUGAUGGCAGCUUUACAAACUGACAGGCUCCCUCUGAGACUGGAAUGCUCUGUGACAAGUGUAUCUGAAGAUUUAUUUUCUUUGGUGGAUAUGAGUGCUGUCCAGAAAUCAGAUAGUCGAUUAGCAUUAUGGUCAUUGAUGAUUCUUUUAAUUCUAGCCAUUUGCUUUGUUCCCCGUCCUUCUGGUCCCUUUACUUAUUUUACUCACUUUUGAGGUAACCAAGACUCAGACUUGCUUUCCAGUUCUGCACCCAUAUCCUUGUCUACAGUCUGGUUUUAUCAAAGCAAAGACUUGGCUUAUCGGUUCAGGCAAUCGCAUUUUGUGGACCCAAAGUUCAUCUUGGCAUACAUUGCUUCUUGGGGUCAGUGCUUCAUAUUUAAAAAUGAAGGCAAUGAUAUUUGGUGGCCUUUUGUUGUGCUUCCAACAUACUGAAAUGUUAUUCUGUUUAAACCAGAGGCUAAUUAUCAUGCAGCCUAUGUUCUGUACUGGUUUGAAUUUAAAUGAAAUUGGUCAGGGUGGGGACCAUCAAGUGCAGCAAGCAGGCUUGCUGCUACCUGUGUAGUACCAGAGCUGGCAUUGUGCUUGAUCUCAUAAAUUCUUCUAGCUGAUUUGAGAAUGCUUGCCUUGGGAGACAGGUCAGUUUUACACCUUUGCUUGUUUAAUUCAGAAAUUGUUUGUUUUUUCUGAUGUGACAGUUUCAUAUGCUCACUCACACUGCUGUUAAUAUUGAGAAAAAGAAACCAAAAUGGAGAGUGUUUGGAAAUUUUUUUUUAUGCUGCUGUUUUGCAUACUGACUUCUUGAAAUCUUUGUUUUUGUUUAUACUGAUAAUGCUAAUAAUGACAAUGAUAAUUCUGUC